UGUAGUGCUGUUUAGCUUCUAAAUGGCUGGCUUUGACAUUAUACAGAUAUGAGCUUUAACAGUGAAAUGGACAGAAUUCCCCGUCCAUCCACACCCUGAUGCGAGAGUCGGAGAGGAAGGCUCUUAUUCGGUCAGAUGGCGUGCCGCAGUCCGCCCACGCGUUUCUCGCGCCCACACAGGCAGCGAAAGGAGCGUCAUUAACUCACCGCUACUGCCAACACAGCAGAGCAUAGCCGAGACAACACAAGAGUUUCAAGAAUAUUUGACUCCAAUCUCACAUCUGUAGGAUAAGGUCUAACAAGCACAGAAAACAAACAAAUUAGGCUACGUGUCAGAGGCGUAAAGAUACAAGUCUAUUAAUAGAACGAAAAGUUUGAUUGAUUUUGAGUUGAGUGACGGAAGUGAAAAUCCGAUAGAUUCGGUCGUGUCGGUUACUGGAAGCUCAAGUGUUCUGCUGGAUCCUGUCGUGGAUUCUGUCUUGAAGCCUCUCGAGCCGAGCGUUAGGAUGUCACUACCACGGACGCUGGGCGAGCUGCAGCUCUACCGAGUUUUACAAAGGGCCAACCUGCUGAUGUACUAUGACACCUUCAUCCAGCAGGGAGGUGAUGAUGUCCAACAGCUGUGCGAGGCUGGCGAAGAGGAAUUUCUCGAGAUCAUGGCACUAGUUGGCAUGGCCACAAAACCCCUGCAUGUGCGGCGUUUGCAGAAGGCUCUGCGCGACUGGGCGGCAAACCCAACGCUGUUCAACCAACCCCUGGCCACCAAUGUGGCCCCUUGUGGAAUCCCUCUCCUUAGGAUCGACAGUAGCAGUGCUGCUGGCUCUGGGGUUAUGGGCGCCAGAAAAUCUUUAAGCAACGGUCAGCCAGGCUCUCCGUGUGAAAGAGAGGAAGUAGGAUCUUGCCUUACGCCGCUCAGAGAUAACAGUCCAAAGAGCCCCUGCUCACAGGCCUCUCCUGUACCUCCAGACCAUCUGUACAGAGAAAAACUGUACCCCAUGGAUCCCCACUGGCUCAGUCCUGAAAUGUAUGGAACCGCUGAGUUAGAUGAAGAACAGCCCAUUACCCAUCUGCCUUUCGCUUGCCACUCACGUCUUCUUGGUCCUCCGACGCCAGCUUCUUCUUCAUCCUCCUCCACUAUGACCUCUCCGUGGCCCGGAGGUCAGCCGGACCCAGAGACCAUUAAAGCCGUGGAGGAAAGCGUUGAUAGGCUUCUAAGAACCAUGCCGCAAGCAGAUCAAACCGAGGUGAAGACGCUUUUGAGACUCAAUAAGAAAAUGGCCAAGACGGUGGGACACAUAUUCCACCUGGAACCUCAAGACAAGAGCAAAGAGGAAGAGAUUCGCAAAUACAGCCUGAUCUAUGGCCGCUUUGACUCCAAGAGGAGGGAAGGGAAACAGCUCACCCAUCAUGAGAUGCUCAUCAAUGAGGCUGCAGCUCAAUUCUGCAUCCGUGACAACGCUCUGUUGUUACGUAGAGUUGAACUGUUCUCUUUAGCUCGACAAGUGGCGAGAGAAUGUGCCUACACGUCAACAUUUAAACAUAACAGGACAUACUCAGAUGAUUGUACUGCCUCUGUUGACUGUUCUGCUCAGAAGAGAAUCAAGCUUGAUGUCACAGAUUCGGACAGACUGUCUAAGGAUCCAGUAGCCAACAGUGACAACAGAUCUACAGCGGAUGACAACAGCCUCUCUGGAGAAAGUCUAGAUAGUUUAACACAAGAUAUCAGCCCUCAGUUGCACCCUUCCUCAUCCCCUCACCCCCUCACCGACACCACUGGCCUCAUCAACUGGAGUCGCCAGCUCAUGCAACAAACUCUCAUGGAUGAGGGCCUCAGAUUGGCUAGAAUGGUGUCACGUGACCACGCAAGCAAAGUCAGCCUAGGGUCAGAAAAGAGACAGAUUUCAGAGAUGGAGGAGAAAGUGUCGGAGAGGAGAGGAUCAAGUAACAGAAGCAGCAGUCCAGCAAACACCAAAGACGAUCCAUAACUCACAGUCUGCAAGUCUCCAUGUUGAACUCAGUCAUCUCAACAAACCAAGACAGAUGAUGCCUGUGAUUCACUAGCCCUACCCUGCCAUCAGCAUCAUCAUCAUCAUCAAUCUCACAGAUGGGGAAGUGUCUAUUGUUUCAGUUCUGUUUGGUGCCACUAGUGGCUAAUUCACUCUUUAAUCAAUCGCUAAUCAAUAAAUUCAUUUCAUUAGAGUAAUAUGCUUGU